UGUGCCUGAUAAACUAUACAAAAUUAAAAAUGGAUGUUGAACUAGUAGCCAGAAAUUCCUUAUCUUCAUUGCAAAGAACAGUGGAUGAAAAUUUUAUAGUGUCACCUGCAAACUUAGAAGACUGGACGUGGUGCAAUUUAAGGAAACAGUUCAAAUAUAAAAGUCUUGAGAAAUUAUAUUUAAUUUAUCGUAGAAAAAUUGAGAAUGGUUAUAUGUCACUUUUUGUUUUAUUGCAGCUGUUUAUUAAUAUUAUACAUUGUAUUGUUUUGAUUUCCACGAUAGAAAUUAAAAAUAUAAUAGUUGAUUUGAUGGCAUGUGGAAUUGUGAACGCUUUACUUUUUCCUGUAAUAGCUCUUUCUUUUCGUUCGCAAUUAGUUCUGAAAGAAUCGUAUUUAUCCGUUUGCCUUUCGUGCCUUAUAAUUGUUCUUCUUGUUAUUGGCGACUUAACUGUAGUCGUUUAUUAUACAUUAACUAGUAUUAAUGAAAAUAUAUCAUUCAGGCCAGUCUAUGCCACACAUACACUUCUAGUCUGUUAUAUAUUUCUACCAUUAUCGAGCAAUCUUCACGCUUUUAUUCUUGGAAUUACUGCAUCAUUUUGCUAUCUUGCUAGUCUUUCACUAAUUACAUACAGGAAUGAACCUAAUCUUUCCUUAAAGAUAACAACAGAUGUCAUGUAUCACUCAUGUGUUAAUUGCUUAGGCCUCUAUUUUCGUUUUAUGAAUGAAGUUAUGACGAGACGAUCGUUUUUAGAUCGUAGAAAAUGUGUAGAAUCAACAUUAAGACUUAACUAUGAAAAAGAUCAAGAAGAACAAAUUACACGAAGCAUUUUGCCAAAACACUUUGCAGCUAAAAUAAAAGAGAACUUUCGCGAUAUAUGCAAAUUUAUAGAAGAGCACAAGAAACCACCAUUUGAAGAAGGGAAAUCCUCUUCUAUUUCAAAAGAUCUAUACGUUGAAACGCAUCAAAAUGUUAGUAUUCUUUACGCAGAUAUAGUAAAUUUUUCUGGAUUGACUGUGACUUUACCUGUAAAAAAAUUGGUUGAAACACUUAAUGACCUUUUUGGCAGCUUUGAUGAAGCUUCCGAGCGGCAUAAUGUUCUAAGAAUAAAAUUCCUAGGGGAUUGUUAUUAUUGUGUCAGUGGUGUACCAACUCCUAAUUCCCAACAUGCUAAGAGUUGUGUUGAUUUGGGUUUGGACAUGAUUAGUAUAAUAAAUAAUGUUCGCGCUAGAGUACAAAGAGAAUGUGGCGUCGAUGUUAACAUGCGCAUAGGUGUUCAUUCCGGAAAGAUCAUUUCUGGAAUUCUCGGCACUAAUAAGUGGCAAUAUGAUAUUUGGUCCCGUGAUGUCAUUAUUGCCAAUAAAAUGGAACAGACUGGAGAAGCCGGAAAAGUACAUAUUACUCAACAAACUUUAAAUCUUUUAGACUCUAGGUUAUACGAUUACAAACCGGCGAAAAAAUUAAAUGACGAUGUUCUCGACAAAUACGGAAUCAUUCAAAGUUACCUCAUUACACCUACUGCAUUUCCCGCAUCGACUCCAUUAAAAUCGGAUAUGAGCUUCAUGCUUCUAACAACAGCAAACGCUCCGUCAUUUUCUACUAACAAGCAGCAUCAUCUCAAAUGUAAUGCAGUUGACGUGUAUGCGUGUAGUGUUCGAAGAAAAACGCAUUUUUUAAGCUCGUGUUUGCAAGAUUAUCAUCUUAUGCUGAGAGCUGCAGAUGCCGAAAUGGAAAAAGCUAUUGAACAGAUGCCUCUUAGUAAAUGGAACCAGUGGUGUAAAUGGGAAGAUAUUAAUCCACUCUUCUUAACAUUUUCACAAAGGAGUUGGGAAAUACCGUAUUUAAGAGAGCCGGACCCACUUUUUAAAUUUUAUAUAGCAUGUGUUACAAUAGUUCUUAUUUUCUCUGGAUUUAUUCUUAUGAUUCCUAUAGCAAGUAUGAACAAUCGAAGUUGGUGCGUGAUGGAUAUGACUGCUAUUAGUUAUACAAUAACCUUGACAUUUAUUAUUGUUCUAAUACCCGUAACAUGGACUCAAUUUUUAUGGAUCCACUAUAAUGAUUUGCACGACGAAAGCGAAAAUAGUACUCAGCAGCAACCCCAAAAUAAGAUACUCAAUUUCUUUUAUCGGACUAGUGUUAAGGUCAUUUGGAAUGAAAUUCUUAGAAUCAUCUUGUACUUUAUAAUUACUGCAAUGACAGCUAUGACAACUGUCUUUAAUUUUCUGAUUGAUUGUAAAUACGAUAUUUCAUAUCAGGAAAAUAAUGUGACAUCAAGUAUUUCAGAAUCUGAAGUACUCGACAAAAAAUGUGUUUUAACUCCAUGGCAAUUAACAGAAACUUGUUCAUUAGCUAUUUUAAUAACUUUUUUGUUAUUAAGAAUUCAUUUUCUAUUAAAAUUUUGCGCUGCGAUAACAAUCGCGACCUUUUAUUCAUGGAACGUUUGGAAUUAUAGAUCAUUUAUAUAUCAGUCUAGCCGUGAAACAUGGAGUCCUCAUCUUGGAACAAGACCUGCUCAUAUUUUAACAAUAAUAUAUUUAACGAUUUCCUUGCACUUAAUUGAUCGUCAGGUAGAAUAUCUCAAUAGACUUGACUAUAAGUGGAAACGUCAAUUAACAAAAGAACAAGAUGAAGCUUUUUAUACUAGAAAUGCAAAUAAAUUAUUAUUACGUAAUAUUCUCCCAGAACACGUUGCUGACUUUUACUUGAAUAUGGAUAGAACGGAAGAAAAUGCGCUUUAUCACGAAGCCCACAGCAAUGUGGCUGUAAUGUUUGCGACUUUAACAGAUUUAUUAAUUGACGAAAGCAAUAUUUUACUUGACUUUAAUGAAAUAAUUUGUCAAUUUGACAAACUAUUGUUUGACCCAAAUUAUUUAUGCAGAAUAGAAAAAAUAAAAAUUGCAGGUACGACGUAUAUGGCAGUUUGCGGAUUAGAAAUAUCGAGAAGAAAUUCCACUCACAGUCAUGAUAUAAGCGACUUGGAAUCAAAAUAUAAUACAGUUCAUGUUAUGGUUCAAUUUGCAGCUGAAAUGAUGUCAAUUCUUGAAAAUAUAAAAAUACAAUCGGCUAAACCUUACCAGUUGAGAAUCGGAGUAUCACAUGGUGAAGUAACUGCUGGAGUAGUUGGUGCACAAAAACCUCUUUACGAUGUUUGGGGUGAUGCUGUGAAUAUGGCAUCAAGAAUGGAUACCACUGGUGAGCCUGGAAAAAUACAGGUAACCAAAGAAACAGCUCAAUUACUAGAAGACGAAGGAAUCGUAUGUCAUCUUAGAGGUAAAGUCUGGGUAAAACCAAAGGGCUUGGUAACUACGUAUUUUGUAGGUAUUAACGAACAAAUAGAACUCCAGGAAUAUUUAAAACACCAGACUAGUGAGCCAUAAUUUAUACUAAAUAAUUCCAAUUAAACAUAG